GUCAGUGCUCAUCAGUGCCUCGUGCCAGUGCCCAUCAGUGCCACAUCAAUGCCACAUAUCAGUGCCUACCAGUGCACAUCAAUGCCACAUAUCAGUGCCCAUCUCAGCUGCCUUUCAUUGUCACCCAUCAGUGCCAUCAGUGCCACCUAUCAGUGCCAGUCAGUGCCGCCUAUCAGUGCCGCCUAUCAGUGCCAUGUAUCAGUGCUGCCUUUCAGUGCCCAUCAGUGAUGCCUGUCAAUGCCCAUCAGUGCCACCUAACAGUGCCUCCUCAUCAGUGCCCAUCAGUGCCACCUAUCAUUGUCCAUCACUGCAGCCUAUCAGUGCCCAUCACUGCAACCUCAUUAGCGCAUAUCAGUGA